ACUUUUUAAAACUUUAGCAAAAUCUCAAAUCUCCUUUCUCUUUCUCAAUACCAAUGGCAUCUCAUAACUUUCAUAGAUCAGACAGUCUCGUGAAAUUAGCUGAAAGGCUUCGUAUUUAUAAUCAUCCUUUGAAUAACUCUUCCAACAGCACCAAUGCCCGCGUUCAAAAUCAAAGUCCAAGAUUUCAAGAAUGUACAGUAAAUGAGGUUGUUUCCAAAGAACAAGAAUUGAAAUCAGAAUUUGGGACAGACCCAAUAGCUAAUAAUUCAAGAAGAGUCAAAUCCGAUAGGGCUUCCGUUUUAGUAUGUUUAUUUGAAGACCAAAAAGGCCAUCUUCGUGUAAUUCUCACUAAAAGAGCUUCCACUCUGUCUACACAUUCUGGUGAAGUUGCUUUGCCGGGUGGGAAAGUUGAAGAAGGUGAUGCCAAUGACAUUGAGACAGCAUUGAGGGAGGCCGAGGAGGAGAUUGGAUUAGACCGUUCACUUGUAGAUGUCGUCGCUGUUCUUGAAUCCUUUACCAACAAGAAAGGAAUUACAGUGGUUCCUGUUGUGGGCAUACUUUGGGACCGGAACGCAUUCAAGCCAGUUAUAAAUACUGCAGAAGUGGCAGCAAUAUUUGAUGCACCUUUAGAAAUGUUUCUUAAGGAUGAAAAUCGAAGAGAACAAGAGCGUGAAUACAUGGGAGAUGAAUAUGUACUUCAUUUCUUUGAUCAUGAAACAGAGAAUGAGAAGUAUAUAAUAUGGGCUUUAACUGCUGGAAUUUUGAUUAAAGCUGCAUCAAUUGUGUACCAGCGCCCCCCUGAUUUUCAAGAACGAAGGCCUAAAUUUUGGAAUAGGAGUCGCCGAUAAACAACCUCUCUACCUUCAAGAUAGGGGUAAGGUCUGUGUAUACACUACGCUUCCCAGACCCCACUUGGGACUAUACUGGGUUUGUUGUUAUUGUUGAGUCGCCAAUAAACAUGCUAUUGCCAAAUCUCUCCCAAAAACUGUCCUUUCAAUCUUGAACACACAGAAUGGUUCCUUCAAAAUGAAGUGAAGCAAAUUAAAAAUACAUGUAUCCUAUUAUAGUCGAAGGGAAGCCUUGCCGUAACUGGCAAAGUUGUUGUCAUGUGACCAUGAGGUCACGGGUUCGAGCCGUGGAAACAGCCUCUUGCAGAAAUGCAGGGUAAGACUACGUACAAUAGGCCUUUAUGAUCCGGCCCUUCCCCAGACCCCGCCCAUAGCGGAAGCUUAGUGCACUGGGUUGCCCUUUUCUACUAUAGCCAUUGCUCUCAGUGUAGCAGCUCUUAGCAUAGUAGCAAGAUUGAUAGUGGAAAGUAUUAUAUGUUGUACAAUGGUUCCACAUUUCCAUCGAAAUACAGUUGUAUAACUAUUCAGUGUUACUAAUCAUAGCCUUAUUCAUCAAAAGAAAACACUUUCCUUUUGAUGCUAUGUAUCAUUAACUAUUA